GCCAAGCACUUACGUAACUAAGACUAAAACCAAGUCAUGAGAAUGGCGUUCGAGGCCUGUUAGAGCUUCCGGAGAUCAGAAGAAUCACAGCACUGAACUGGGUUCCAUCCAACAGAUUUUGAUGUGUUGAUGAUGCUACUGUCAGGAAUGUGCAUAAUGGGGAAAGGGAGACUAGGCCAAUGGCUACACUUUCUAGUUUGUGUGCUGCUUGUGCUGAAAACUGAAGGAUUCGAUGUUGGGAUAACUUAUGUUCAGAGUGCUGUUGCGAAAGGAGCAGUUUGUUUGGAUGGGAGUCCACCGGCUUACCAUUUCGAUAAGGGAUCCGGGGCAGGAAUCAACAAUUGGUUGGUCUUUUUUGAGGGAGGAGGCUGGUGCAACAAUGCUACAACUUGCCUUGAGCGAACAAAGACUCGUCUAGGUUCAUCGAAGCUAAUGGAUAAGGAGAUAUCUUUCUCUGGGAUAUUUAGCAACAAACAGAAGUUCAAUCCAGAUUUCUACAGUUGGAACAGGAUCAAGGUUAGGUACUGUGACGGGUCAUCAUUCACAGGCGAUGUGGAAGCAGUCAAUCCUGCUAAUAAGCUUUACUUUAGAGGGGGACGGAUCUUUGUUGCUGUGAUUGAGGAUUUAAUGGCCAAAGGAAUGCAAAAUGCUGAAAAUGCUAUUCUCUCCGGCUGUUCAGCAGGAGGUCUGACAUCCAUAUUGCUUUGUGACAAAUUCCGGGCUCUGCUUCCUGCACGUACCAAAGUGAAAUGCGUGGCAGAUGCAGGCUUUUUCAUCAACGCGAAGGAUGUUUCGGGAGCACAACAUAUUGAAGGCUUCUACAAUGAUGUUGUUACAACACAUGGAUCAGCUAAAAAUUUACCCUCAUACUGCACUUCCCGAAUGAAACCUGGUUUGUGCUUCUUCCCCCAAAAUAUGGCACGGGGAAUUCAAACUCCACUUUUUCUAAUAAAUGCAGCCUAUGAUUCAUGGCAGGUAAAGAACAUUUUGGCACCCGGUGUUGCUGAUCCGCAUGGAACCUGGCGCAGCUGCAAACUUGAUAUAACUAAAUGUUCAAAUGAUCAACUGGCAAUCAUGCAAGAUUUUAGGAAGCAAUUCUUAAGUGCGUUGACGGGACUUGGAAACUCUCCGGCUAGAGGACUGUUUAUCAACUCUUGCUAUUCUCAUUGCCAAGCUGGAACGCAGGAAACUUGGCUGAGGGAUGACUCUCCAAAACUGGGUGGAACUACGAUUGCAAAGGCAGUUGGUGACUGGUAUUAUGACCGGGUCCCUUUCCAGAAGAUCGACUGCCCAUAUCCCUGCGAUAAAACCUGCCACAAUCGGGUUUUUGAUUAGUAAGAACAUCCAUGAAUACAGAUACUGCUGUUUAUCAAGUCACCAUCAUUCUUCACUCAAUUUAUUGUUGUAAUUGAGCUUCAGAACAAUGAAGAAUGCUUACCAUGCCUCAAGUGAAAGCCGGAAGAUUCCUAUUUAUGUGAAACUGAAGUAUAAUUCACCCCCCAAUAAAUGAAAGUGCACUUUCUGAUAUCA